UAGUGAUCAAGGCAGAAUAUUAGAAGCCACGCGUGUUAUAUGGCUCCCAAAACUCUUCCUCAGAAAGGGGACGUCAUGUCAGUGGAAGCAGCAGAUCCUGGAGUGACUUGAAUGAGCAGACAGGCAAGUGUCCCCCCUAAAUGAUAAUUAAAGGGAUCAUGGGGUUAGCUGGACCCUCCACCGUCAUCAUCCAGUAUCUGAAGUCGUUGGGGAUUAAGAUUCGCCCUCUGAAGAAGUCUCUGAGUCUCGAUAGCCAGAAGAAGACGUCUGGCGAUAGAUUAUUCGGCGUUCCUCUUCCUGUGUUGCCCCUCUGCAGGUCGGAGGGGGACAUCCCUCAGUUAUUGGUGGACAUUUGCAAUUUCCUCCGUAAUCACCUCGGCACCGAGGGCCUUUUCCGGAAGUCUGGAUCGGUAAUUCGGAUCAAAGCGCUAAAGGCUGACCUGGAGUCUGGGAAAUGCCACGUGGACUCUGCCAACCCUGGGGACGUGGCCUGCCUCCUCAAGCAGUUUUUCAGAGAGCUCCCAAUGCCCAUCAUACCCCUGGAGCUACAGGACCCCUUGUGCCAGAUCCAGGACACUCUAGAGGAGGAGCACCGGGUAUUGGCCACCACUCUGGUGACAUGUCUACUUCCUGCCAUCCACGCGGGCACCCUGCGAUACUUCUGUACUUUCCUACAGAGUGUGGCAGCCAGGAGCGAUGAGAACAGAAUGGAUUCUGGAAAUCUGGCUGUUGUUUUGGCCCCAAAUCUUUUCUUCUGUAGUGGUUUGAGUGAGAAGCUGACAAUCGCUACUGAGCGGCAAAUCCAGCUCCAGGCAUCGGUGAUGCAGACACUGAUUGAACAUUCAGAGAGCAUAGGAAAUACUCCGCCAUUUAUACUGGAAACGAUCUCCUUCCCUCCCAAUGAUGCGGCAGAUGACAUUGUGAGCCUUCCAGAUGGAAAUAAUCGGAGGAGGCGCAGACGCAGUAUGGGAGGACUUGUUAAUGAGGCCCUGAGCAAACUCCGAUCUGGACUUGUCUCUUCCAGCGUGACCCCAGAUCGAGUAUCUGCCACAGAUGAAGGAGACCGUAAUAUUCGAUGCAAGACAAAACGCAAGGCCUCGGAGGACACUGUGUGUACAGAGCAAUGCACAGCAAAAAAACGGAAGUCACUCCUGGGACCUACGGAUGACAGUUUACCUAGCACAGAACAGUGUGACCUGGCAGAUUCCCCAUUAACAGAUAGUGGUAUUGGAGAUGUGUUUCUGGACGUCUCACUGGCUCCUGGGCCACUCCUCGAGCUCACAGCGGUUCCGCCAAUCAUUACACAGACCCCAGAAUCUCCAGUGCAGGUGCCACGAGCCCGAGGCAAGAAGAAGGAGGGUGGUAAAAGAGCACACAGGGGCCAAUCUGGACUGGUAUCGGUGUCUCCUGGUCAACUUGACAGAAGAGAUAAAGUACGGAGUUCACUGCGACUUUUUCACCGGCCGCGUAUUGCUAAAAAUCCAAAUCCAGAAGAAAGCAGCUGGAAUUAUAUGAAGAGAAUGGUUUCAGAGGCGCUGGAGGGUCCCAUCUUCAAUGGGCGAGAAUUACGAGUUACCGCUUCAUCUCUAAAGGCAGCACAAUUGUGCGCUGACAUAUCUGCUUCCCGAACUUCUCUGCGCACUACAACCACUUGGAAGUCAGUGGAGAUGGAACCAUCUACUGGGAAAAAGUCACGCACAUUACGUCGCUCCUUAAGCAUGCCGGAGAAUAUGGCAGAUUGUGCUAAAGUUGAGGAAGAUGGACAACUUCUCUACCAAACUGUGGAUUCCUCCGCCAGCACAGAAGAAAUAAUCCAGGAGGACCGCGCAGUUAAAAAACCAGACGAAUACACACCUGUGGUCAUAGAAUUUGAGCACUCUUUGGAGUCAACUUCAGAGUUCUCCUCAAACCACACUAUUUCCCCCAUAUCUGCUUUGUCACCAAGCCCUCCUCUUUUUAGUAAAGAGAGUGGUCACCCAGCACAGUACCGUAGUGUGCGCAAGCUGAUGCUCAGCUUCCCUUGGAUAUCACAAACAUCAGUGGUGGAGACUGAACAGAAAGACUGUGAAAAACCUGCCACAAACAAAAUCAGACGCCAAGGCGCGAGACGAUUCGGACGAUCAUUGAGUCAUGAGAGUGGGAUUGGUUUUGCAGAAGGAAUAGAAGUAGAAAAAAACACGGACUGCCUUCCCACUCAAAAGACUCUAAAUGGCAGGAACCGACAAGUUUUUGUUAGUCAUAAAAAUAUUACCCUUGGUGUCAUGGGUCAGCGGAGUCUGGAUGUCCAAGCAACACCAUCGUUGGAUGAAGAGCUAGCAGAUUCUGGUGGUGAUCUUACGCAUAUCAUCCUUGAUCAGUCAAAGGAUGUGUGUUUUGAUACACUGAUGGAGGAUUGUCUACCCGAUUAUGAAAUCUCCACUAUAAACCCUUUCUACUCACACGGCAUUAAAAUUAUUGAAGACUGUAUUGAUUUAUAAACACACUUUGAUGAAGUGGUCCAUCUACAUCUGGCUCCAUAGGCCACAUAGUAAGCCCACUGGUUUUGUGUAACCAGGUCUGAUUGUCCACAUUUCUCUAUAAAGAAUAUCUUGGUCAUUCGGGGUUGUGACAUUAAUUUGGUGGUUCUCCUUACAUCAGUCAAGAAGUUCUCCAACUGCCAGCACUCAUUUGGUCUGCUUUUAGAAAGUACUUCAUGUGUUUUAAUGCUUAUUUCUAUGUAUGUCCGUGAAGGUAUCCAUGGAAUGGUCCUGGAUAGGAUGAAACAGUCUGGUGGUCAGAUCUGCAAUAUAUAACUAUUAUCCUUUCCUGGAGCCAUAAGUCUACUCAAUGUUUUUAAAAUGUUUCCCUAUCAUAUGGUUUGCUCCUCCUCCUUCUAACAGGAACAUAGUAUCAGUCUCUUCAAAUGCUCCUUUCGUGUCUGUCUUAUUUUAUUUGUACCUUUUUUUUUUAAAUUAAAUUUAUUUAGU